GAUAGCGAAUGCUGUAUUGAUGAGUGCCGUGCAUGAAAGUUUUUAUUUUUAUAUUAAUUAUUUUAAUUAGAAUUUUUUAUUCAGGUUUUUGCAUGUUUGUAAAGUUUUAAAAUUGUGUUUUGAAUAUCUCUGUCAAUGGAUUUUUUUUUUUUUUGGUUUUGUUUUUGUUUUGAAACCUAUGAACCUACAUGCCUGCACAAUAUAGUCCUUUAAGGAGGUUGAUAAGCAACAGAAAAAAACACGGUCCUAAUAUAAUAAUACUGGUUGUCAAAAUGCAUACAGGUAGCAGCAUCGAUGAACAUUGUUAUAGUGUACAGACAGUUUAAAACGGAUUUUAUGAAUGAGCUUUGGGGGUACUAAUGCAUGUAAUGUGUGUGGCUUCAAAAGAUGCUGACUUGAAAAUGUUAUGACACAUUUUGGGUGGCCUCUGUUGCCAUCAGUUGCAUUUUUUGCCUGAGGUGCACGAGCCUCGCGAUAGUGUUUGCACAAGCGGUGCGUGACGCCUAUAAUGCAAAGGUUACACACAGACAGGCUACUUCAAGACGCACUGCAGAGGUGUAGGCAGUAGCUUGAUGAGUGUCCAAAGUAACAGUGGAAGUGGUGGAAGUUUGGAGGGGACGCCAUCUUGGUCCCAGCUCUCCACGUCCCCAACACCGGGCUCGGCUUCUCAGCACAAUAACACGGCACCUGUAAAAACCAAGGAAGGUGCUAUGGAUGAGCUGCACAGCCUUGAUCCCAGAAGACAAGAGUUAUUGGAAGCCAGGUUCACUGGUGGAGUGAGCGGCAGCACUGGGGGCAGCACAGGCAGUGGGAGUGUUGGAGUUAAGGCCUUAACAAACAAUGAAUGUUCAAAUCACAGUUUUGGAAGUCUUGGUUCCUUAAGUGACAAAGAGUCAGAGUCAAUCUCCAGCCCAGAUUCUUUUUCACUUUCUCAAGUCCAACAUCAGAGACGACGUAAAAGUGCCAGCAAUGACAGUGGCUCAGUUGUGAAGAGAGGGAGCUCCCCUGCAUAUUCAACACCUGAAAAGAAGCCAUCAGAGUCCUCAAGGGGAAGAAAAAGGAAAGCAGAAAACCAGACGGAAAGCAACCAAGGAAAAGCUUCUGCACGUGGACCCAAAAUUAGCGAUUACUUUGAUUUCCAGGGAGGGAAUGGCUCUAGUCCAGUGCGAGGCAUACCUCCAGUAAUCCGAUCUCCUCAAAAUUCACAUUCACAUUCCACACCCUCUUCCAUGGUUAGACAAAAUAGCCCGUCUCCUACUAGUUUGUCAUUUGGGGACCAUGUGGUUGUAAAUCCAAAGCAGUUAUCCUUUAAAUGUGUUCAGACUGACCUUACGAUACAGAAAUUAGCUGCUCUCGAAAGUAAUAAAAACCUAGACCUUGAGAAGAAGGAAGGACGAAUAGAUGAUUUGCUUAGGGCAAACUGUGAUCUCAGGAAGCAAAUAGACGAACAACAGAAGUUACUUGAAAAGUAUAAGGAGCGAUUAAAUAAGUGCAUCACUAUGAGUAAGAAGCUGCUAAUUGAAAAGAGUACACAGGACAAACAGGCAUGCAGGGAGAAAAGCAUGCAGGACAGAUUGCGCCUGGGCCACUUCACUACAGUACGGCAUGGGGCUUCUUUCACAGAACAGUGGACAGAUGGCUUUGCAUUUCAAAAUCUUGUAAAGCAGCAAGAAUGGAUAAAUCAACAGAGAGAAGAAAUUGAAAGGCAGAGAAAGCUAUUAGCUAAGCGAAAACCCCCAACGACAAAUAACUCUCAGAUACCAACUGCAAAUUCUGAGCCAAAGCAACGGAAAACCAAGGCUGUGAAUGGUGCAGAAAAUGAUCCAUUUUUGAAGCCCAGUCUACCGCAGCUGCUAACUGUAGCGGAGUACCACGAACAGGAAGAAAUCUUCAAACUCAGAUUAGGGCAUCUCAAAAAGGAAGAAGCUGAAAUCCAGGCGGAACUAGAACGUCUUGAGAGAGUCAGAAAUCUUCACAUACGGGAGCUGAAAAGAAUAAACAAUGAAGAUAACUCUCAGUUUAAAGAUCACCCUACUUUGAAUGACCGGUAUCUAUUACUACAUCUCCUGGGCAGAGGGGGUUUCAGUGAAGUAUAUAAGGCCUUUGAUUUGUUUGAGCAACGAUAUGCUGCAGUGAAGAUCCACCAACUCAAUAAAAACUGGAGAGAAGAGAAGAAAGAGAACUAUCACAAACAUGCGUGCCGAGAAUAUAGGAUACACAAGGAACUAGAUCACCCUCGAAUAGUGAAGUUAUAUGACUAUUUCUCGCUGGACACAGACACGUUUUGUACAGUGUUAGAAUACUGUGAAGGCAAUGACUUGGACUUCUACUUGAAACAGCAUAAAUUAAUGUCUGAAAAAGAAGCCAGGUCAAUAGUAAUGCAGAUUGUGAAUGCACUACGAUAUCUCAAUGAAAUCAAGCCACCUAUUAUCCACUAUGAUCUCAAACCAGGCAACAUUCUUCUGGUGGAUGGGACAGCCUGUGGUGAAAUAAAAAUCACAGACUUCGGUUUGUCCAAAAUUAUGGACGAUGACAACUAUGGGGUUGAUGGCAUGGAUUUGACGUCGCAAGGAGCAGGCACCUAUUGGUACUUGCCUCCUGAGUGCUUUGUAGUUGGCAAAGAACCACCCAAGAUUUCAAACAAAGUUGAUGUCUGGUCAGUAGGAGUAAUUUUUUUCCAGUGUCUGUAUGGAAGAAAGCCAUUUGGCCACAACCAGUCCCAGCAAGACAUCUUGCAGGAAAACACAAUAUUGAAAGCCACAGAAGUUCAGUUUCCUGUCAAGCCAGUUGUUAGUAAUGAAGCAAAGGCCUUUAUAAGGCGUUGUUUGGCGUAUCGAAAGGAGGACCGGUUUGAUGUGCAUCAGCUGGCUAGUGAUUCCUACCUCCUUCCUCACAUGAGGAGGUCCAAUUCUUCAGGAAAUCUGCAUAUGGGAGCACCUUCUAUGCCUCCCACUUCAAGUAUAAUUUCCUACUGAGGAUUCUUACUGUCAACUGAAUUCUGGUGUGAUGUUUCGAGCAGCUUCCUCCUGCAAGACGGUGUGGAAGAAUUGUGUGUGGAAGCAAGUGACGUGUUUGAGCAGACUUGUUUGUAGCCUUGUGAAUUAAAAAAAAAAAAAGAAUGGAUGUGUCAAAGAUGACAGUUACAGGCACCUUCCUGAGUAGCUUGUGCUGUAUUUGGGGGAAGGUAUCUGUGCCACAUAAUGGAAGAUUUUUUAAAGGUAACGGUGAUUUAGAACACUGCGGCAAAAUUGCCUAAAUGUGGCACUGGUGUCUGUUAAAGGUACAGUCACUGGUUGAUUCAGAGGUGUGUCAGUAAAGGCACAAACACUUGAAACAAAAGGGAGAAAUGCAAGCGUGCUGUUUUAAUGCAGAGGAAAUGGUGCCUGCCUGGAUGUGAAUGCUAAAACAGCAAAGUCACUUAUUUCAUGAACUGUUCUUAGUUUGACAUUAUAAUUCUAGCUCAGUAAUAUGUUUACUAUGAAAAAGCACCACAGUUGUUUUUCUAUGGCUUCUGAAAAGCAUUUGCUUUUUGUAAGUUUCUUUUCAGAGUUUGAAUAGCCAUGGGAAUGCUGUUGAACUGAACUGUACUGUAAUGUGAGCAUGCAGUCUAAAAAUUGCAUUAUUUAUGCCCAGGCAGGGUCUUGUUUUGCAGAAUGCACAGAACGUAACCAAAUGUUGACAAAAGGCAAUGUAUAGUAUCCUAUACAGGAUGAUUUAAAAAAAACAAAAAAAAAAAACUGUUAGCAUAAUUGUAUAAUACUGUACAGAUAUAAUUUUCAGUUAUUCUUAAACUUCAGCAGUUAAAUCCUGUAAAGUGUUUAAAACAACCUUUUUGUUUUUCUUACUGGAUAUUUUCAUUUGUAUGUCUUCAGAAGCAUUUAUUUGCUGCUAUUAAUGUUGCUAUUACUUUUGCUAAAGUUGUAUGACCUACUUGAGGUACAAGUUGUACAACAACAACAACAAAAAAAAGUUACAAGAAAAUCAAGGCAUGUUAUCACUUGUGUUGGAGAAAACAAAACAAACAUUCAGAGUAAGAGCGCAUUAUGCUUUUGGCAGUUCGGAUGUCUGUUUUAGCUUGUCACUCCUCAGACAAUUGCAGCAGUUCAUUGCUACCAAGUAGGAGGUGUUGCAUUGUUUUAAUAUUAAACUGGUAAGUGUCAGAACGCUUUGAAAACCUCAAAACCUGACACUAAACAAGUUAAGUACAGACAUUGUUUUCCAUUAAUCUGCUUCGUAACCAUUACUGUGAAGUUUAAAACUGCCUUGUCCAGUACAAACUAUUCCACGAAAUGCAGUAAAUAAGUACAUGGUAUAUCUGUUCUGUACAUUUCCCUGGUCAGUGCCCUGUCCAUAAUACUGAAUGAAUGCUUUGUUUGUAAUUUCUGUAAAGGAGAACCUGUUACCACAGGUGUCACUUUAAUGUUUAAACGUUAACAUUUUGCUAACGUUUUUGAGGUUGCAAGCUUCUUUUUCACUGUACAUACAAAAAGAAUAACUGUCUGAAGGUGCUGCUGAAAUUGUAGAGAACGUAGCCAAAAGAGUAAUAAACAUUAAAAACUGAUUUUUAAUA